GAAUUGCAAUGUGACCCUGGUUGGCCUAUCAGAAAAGAUACAGUCUGUGAAUGAGACCACACCAACAGAUAUAGUGAACAUUGCCACCGACACACAGAUUCUCACUUCCAGUCCAGAACAACUCAACAGUACAGAUAUUUCUAUAGCUGCUUCAAUUGCAGAAAAGAUUCUAAAUCUGUCUGACAGCAAUGUACCAGGCGAGGCAAUGGUUGCUGCAGUGACUACAGUAAGCCAAAUUUUGGGUGCCAACAAUACUGAAUUUAGUUUAGCAGAUAAAAAUCUCACUAAUGCUACAAAAAGCCUCACAAUUGCACUGCAAAAUUUCUCUGUGAGUAACAGUUCUACUCAGGAAGUGGUGCAGUCCAACAUUGCAGUUCGCACAAUUUCUCUCCGGGAACCCUUGGCUACAGUUCUUUUUUCUGCCAUGAAGGGAUCAACUGACAGUUUAGUUUCCGACAGAAUCAAAGUUGACGAACAGGCUACUGGCUUGAAAACUGAUGAUCGUACAGAAAUUCAGAUACUUAUCAAUAUUACCAGUACCAAUUUAACUGGAACAGAAAGAGUUGGCUUUGUGCUGUAUCAAAAUGACAAACUUUUCCCAUCAAAAACCUACAAAAUUGAACUAGAAGAAAACUAUAGUAAUCGCAUCAUUUCUGGCAAUGCUAAUGGAAUAAUGGUCAAUAAUGUUAAGAUAGCUUUAAACCCACAGUAUAACAGAUCAGAAUUUCGGCUAUACAACCAUGCAUGUGUCUUUUGGAAUUACUCGUUAAAUGACUGGGAUACAGCAGGCUGCAUAAAAGAGACAGAUUUGCCAGAGUUACUGAGAUGCAGCUGUAACCACGCAACUAAUUUUGCAGUAUUAAUGAGCUUCAGGAUCAAUUAUAAGUAUGCAAGACCUCUAGAGAUUUUGUCAUAUAUUGGUUGUGGUCUGUCCAUCGCUGGCCUGACUUGUACCAUUGUGUUUCACAUUCUUAUCAGGAAAGAACGGAAAACUGCUAUUACCUUGAUGGUUGUGAGCCUCUGCUCAGCUAUGCUGAUUUUUAAUAUCAUUUUUAUUUCUGGAAUUGAAAACACAAAUGCCAACGUGAAUGUUGAUGAAAACUCUGCUGCCAACAUCAUGCUCCAGUCUGACAAGGAAGGCCCUCCUGCAAAUGACUGGUGUACAGCUGUAGCUGCCUUACUACAUUAUUUCCUGCUGGCUACUUUUAUGUGGACUGCGCUCAAUGCUUUACAGGUGUACUUGCUAUUGGUAGAAGCUAAGCGGCUUCUGUUUCGACACUAUAAUGCAAUCAUGUCAUUAAUUGGAUGGGGAGUUCCAGCAUUAUUUGUUAGUAUAACACUGGGAGCAACCUACAGUAACUCAAACUACCGUCAGGAAGAAUUUUGCUGGCUUGCAGCCCUUGAUUCGCAUCAGAAUUUCUCUGUUGAGAAACCUUUGCUAUGGGCAUUCCUUCUACCAGUGGCAUUCAUCCUUCUGUUCAAUAUCAUUGUGUUUGGGAGGACCAUUGUUUCUGUGAUAUGGAAGGAAAACAAAAAACUGAUAAGCACCAAAAAGAAGUCAGUUAUGAAGAACAUAUUUGCAACUGUUUCUAUAGCAGUAACCCUUGGAAUCACCUGGAUCUUGGGAUAUAUGAUGCUAAUAGACCAUGAGAAAACAAACAUUGUUUUCAGUUAUGUGUUCUGUAUUUUCAGUGCUACACAGGGACUUCAGAUCUUUAUUUUUCAAGUUCUUACAACCACAAUAUUCCGAAACAAAGCUAGUGAUGCUUUUGAAGCCUUUCAACGUUCUAGGUUUGGCAAAUCCUUGAAUCCAAGGUCUUAUUUUCUUUCAGGAAUCCUUGGUAAAGUGAACCCCUCUGAGUACUUUAAAACAAUUCAUUCCACAAGACACUUUGAUGAGCUGCAUCUGAUAAGCAACUCCAACGAGUGACAGCAAAAAUAACACUAUAACAUUACAGAUUCCAUCUCUUCUUUUCCACAGAAAAGAUAUUGGGGCUUUGGGUUGUUUUUCUUUCUCAAAAAGGAAAAGCUGGAAAUAGAAUUCGAAAGCUUCAGCAGUUCAAAGUAUGACAACACUGUUAAAAAUGUGUAAUGUUCUUUUUGUACAGGUCUUGUUGCAUGAAUUCCUCAGGUGCUAUCCCAUUUGUUUUGGUACUGGUGUCCUGAGUAGAGAUGGGCACGAACUGAAAUACGACCCCCAAACCCCCACGAAACAGGCUGGUUUGGGAUUCCCGAACCAGGG